AAAGAAUGCACUGUUUAUAUCACACCAUUUAACAAUGAAAAUGGCAUAUUACCAAUCAUCCUUUCCCCUUUGUAGGAAACACCCAUCAUUGCUCCCAACAAUCCUUUUCAACCAUAGAAACCUGAGCUAAGCUGAGCUGAGCUGCUGCUGCUUCUAAGAUAUUCCCUCCUUCCUUUCCUUUCCAAUUCUUCUCUUCUUUCUCCUCCUCAUGCUUCCUUUUUCACAAUUUAUAUACCUCUCUCUUUGUAACCUUUUUUUCUUUCUCUCCCCACUUCUUCUAACAUCCUUCCCUUCCCUUUUCUUUCAUCCCUUUGAAACUCUCUCUUUCCCCACCACAAAUGGAUCCUUCUUCUACCAACUCUGUCAAUGGAUUCUACUCCCUUCUUACGCGUGGAAUAGAUGAUCUCGAGCGCGUCUACCUCUCCAACAACUUCAUGUCAAUCCAAUUUCUCCAACGGGUACUUUCACUUCUCCGAUCCUUCCACACCCAGCUCACCCUUCUCGUCCAGAAGCUCCAUUUGCCUGUGGGUGAGAAGUGGCUCGAUGAGUACAUGGACGAGAGCUCCAAGCUCUGGGAUGUCUGCCAUGUCCUCAAGUCUGGCAUAUCCGGCAUGGAAAACUACUACUCUGCAGGCCUCAACAUAACUUCUUCCCUCGACAAUCAUCGUCAUCUAAGCUCGCAACUCUCUCGCCAGGUCAUUCGCACAAUCUCCGGGUGUCGCCGAGAAGCUCUGGGAUUAGAGGAGGAGAACAGAGCCUUACUGGAAACAAGAAUCCAGCCGCUGUCGCUGCGGUUCGACGAGAAGGUGUCCAUCGAGUCGAAGCUGAACGGGUUCAACGGCUUCAGGGGAGUUCUGUACGCAAUGAGGAACGUGAGCUCGCUGCUGCUAAUGAUCUUGCUGUGCGGAUUGGUGUACUGCUGGCCGGAGUCGAAUUCUCUGCUGGGAGGGUACGAGGGAUGCUUGUUCUUCGGGUCGGGGCUGAUGAUAUCGACGGGGAGGCUGCAGCAGAGGGUGGCGGCGGAAAUAAACCAGAUGGGAGGGAGGCCGGGGAUUCUGCUGUACGAGUUCAGGAGAUCGAAGGUGGCGAUGGAGGAGCUGAGAGGGGAAUUGGAGAGGAGGGGAGGUUCGUCGUCGAGGUCGCAGGUGGUGGAGUGGGAAACAGAGGUCGGGAUAAGGGAGAGAGUGGAGAACUUGAGAGGGUGUUUUGGGGUGUUAAGAUCUGGUGCUGACAACAUUGUUGGGCAGCUCGAUGAUUUCUUUGAUGAAAUUGUUGAAGGCAGGAAGAAGCUUUUGGACUUUUGCAGUCAUAGGUAGAGAGAGAGAGAGAGAGAGAGUUUACUGUAGAAGAGAGCAAUAUGGAAUCUCGUGGACUUAUGGUCACAUGGAUGGAUGGAUGGAAAACCCAAAAAUUAAACGGAAAAGAAUGAAGAAGAGGAAGAUGAUGAUGAUGAUUAUGAAUAUUUACAAUUAGAAGCAAGGAUCAGACUUUUUUCCUUUUUUCUUUUUGGAGGGAGGGUGGGGGAGAGUGGUUGUUGUACCUUGAAGCCUUUUCUCUCCUCUCCGGCCUCUUUUGUUCUAUUUUGUUCUAUUUUAUUUUGUUUUUAUCA